AUGGCUAGUCGGGCUUUGAUACCGUUUCUGGUCACGAUGAUGCUCGUGACCGGGGUCUGCAAUACAAUCCUCAAUAAGUUCCAGGAUAUGCAAUGUGUGCGGAACUGCGACUCUCCAGACCCUAAAUAUCGGCAUACUUUCGAGCAGCCGGUCGUCCAGACUGUUCAGAUGUUUAUUGGAGAAAUGGGCUGUUGGCUCGUAAUAUUCGCCUCAUACGUUUACCAAUCGUUUAUAUAUCCGCGUCUGUCGCCCAAUUCUUCGCCUCUCCUUGCGGGUGGGUAUAAUCCCGUCCACCCCGAUGACAUAGGCGAUGAGGAGGACCAUACGAUUGACGGUCCUGAUGCAUCUAACCAUACUCCCAAGCGCACUGAUGCUGGAGGUCGGGUUUACCUCAGUGGACGUCUGAUCCUACUUCUCGCUGCCCCGGCGUGCUGCGAUAUCGCGGGUACGACUCUGAUGAACGUGGGUCUGCUCUUCGUGGCGGCCAGCAUCUACCAAAUGACGCGUGGAGCAUUGGUUCUUUUUGUCGGUUUGUUCAGCGUCCUGUUUCUCCGUCGGAAGUUGUUCCUAUACCAGUGGAUUGCACUGUUCGUAGUAGUCCUUGGUGUCGCCUUGGUAGGACUUGCCGGUGCACUCUUCAGCCAGGACCAAGGGCAUGAUAUCUCACGGGACGGCACUCUUGCAAUUGCCACUCGGGCCGUGAUGGAAGCUCGGGAGUUUGCAAAGACUCCAGAAGCGAUCAAGGCUGUCAUUGGUGUGCUGCUGAUUGCAGCGGCACAGAUUUUCACUGCCUCACAGUUCGUGCUGGAGGAGUGGAUUCUCGAGAACUACGCCAUGGAUCCUCUUCAGGUGGUUGGCUGGGAGGGUGUGUUCGGUUUUUCCAUUACUGUCAUUGCUUCUAUCAUUCUGUACCUGACCGUAGGACGGACGGAAGCCGGUCGCUACGGCUAUUUUGACGCCAAAGAAGGAUGGCGUCAAGUCUUCUCUCACAAGUACAUCGCCAUGGCGAGCAUCCUGAUUAUGAUUAGCAUUGGGUUCGUGUUUCUUAAGACCUCUGUCUUUGCGUUCCCAUAUUUCCGAGUACAAGAGGCUAAUUUGUCGUUCUCUCAUAGAGGCUUCAACUUCUUUGGCCUUUCAGUCACCCACGCCGUAUCUGCCACCUCCCGCAGUACGAUCGACACCUGCCGGACUCUCUUCAUCUGGCUGGUUUCGCUCGCCCUCGGCUGGGAAACAUUCAAGUGGCUGCAAGUCCUGGGCUUUGCACUUCUCGUCUACGGAACUUUUUUGUUUAAUGAUAUCAUCCGUCCCCCUCUCAAAGCAUGUCUUCCCCGAGAUAGGCAGGAGAGGCAGAUUCUGCUGCCUGAGGAGCCUAUUGAGCACAUUUAA